AAAGAAGCUGACUUUCUCUUCUUUACUUAGUGUUUGUCAAAGAUGAAACUCCGGUGAAGUGAAAUUUUUUUCUUCGUCCGCGCGGUGGUUCAAUCACAGUACCCAGGAACUUCAGGAGCUAUGGCUCAACAGGAAGAUGGAUGGCCUCUGGGUUUGCAACCAUUAAAUGUGAGAGUUGGGUUGGUUAGAAACCGUGAUUAUUCUGGAGGAUCAAUUUCAUUUAAUACUUUGCUCACUGGUUCUCUGAGUUCCUCCACGGAUUCUUCAUCAGAUUUAGAUACAGAGUCCACGGGGUCAUUCUUCCAUGAUAAGAGCAUCACACUCGGAAACCUCAUUGGCGUGUCCAACAUUCUAGAGCUCUCAGAAAGAUCAGUUGAGGGAAGAAGAGCACAAGCCUUGAGAAGCAAGAAGAGUUGCAAGUCCAAAACUUGGUUCUUCUCUCUAUGCUCGAGGUCUGAUGAUAGUGUGAACAACCACCCACCAUCCCUGGGUCAUUUUCUGGAAGCAGAGAGGAGAGCUACCAAUGAUCACAGGAGGAAUCAGAGCCCAAUUAUUUAUGAAGCAGACGAGUUCGCCCGAGCAAGGAAUUCUUCUGAACCAACUUCAUUAUUUGUUGAUGGCCGCCUAGCACCUCCUCAGUCAAACUCAAACCCAUGGUUUGAUUCAGAUGCUAGUGGGACAUCCCACAAGAGCUUGGAAAAUGGAUAUGGGUUUUGUUUUCCAGUACUGUUUUCAUGUAUGUGUGCACAACCUAGCAACUGA